UAAAUUCGAUACAACAAAAUUUUAUAUAAUCUUGUGUUGUAAUAUUCCAUGGUUUAUCUUAAGGAAACUAAUAAACAGGACAUGCGGCCUUGAUGGAGACAAAACAGACAAAUCUGAUGCAACUGCACAAACUUCAAAAGCAGUUUUUAAUUUUCAAACAACAAAUACAAACACGUAUGACUAGGGUACAAAAAUAUAUAUAAUAUACAUAAUUAUUAAAUUGAAUCUUCUGUUACUAAAUUACAAUAACAAAAUGUGUACAAAAAAUAUGGAAUUGAAUUAUGUAAUCAAAGAGUUACAAACAUGUGCAGAAGACACUGCUAUUUUCAGAAAACUGAUAAACUUUGCUUCAUCAUACAAAGAAUCCUGGAAUGAUGAACAUUUAAAACAAUGGCAACCAGUUUAUAUACAUAUUAUAGGAGCUUUUGCUUCGAAUACAGAAAUAAAAAGAGAGAGAACCUUGUUGGCUUCCCAUACAUUUUUUGCUUUACUGUCAAUGCAAUCUAAUUUAGUAUUUCUAAAAGAAACUUUUACAAAUCUUUUGAGCUCUAAACAUAAUGAAGUAUACAUCUUCAAUAAAAAGUAUAAUACCGUUGAAUCCGGAUUAUUUAAACUGAUUUGCGCUUAUGGGUAUUUACAAGUAAAUUGCAGUAAAAUAUAUUCUAAUGAUAUUUGUUUUCUCAUUUUCGAUGUUAUAUUCGAGCAUUGUGUAAGAUAUACUAAACAUUCUUAUUUUGCAUACAAAAUAUUAUAUAUGUGGUUGCAACGAACCAUAAACACAACUUUUUGGAGUACAUAUUCGGAAGUAGAACAGAGACUUGAAUCAAUUAUCUUUUCAAAUUGGUGUAAUGCUAUCAAUGACAUAAGUAAGCAAAAUUCAGCACUUAUUUUUAACAUGUACCUGAAAAUCAUGGAAAACAAAUAUAAUGGAUAUUUGGAGUAUUUGUUUAAGCAUUGUGUCAAUACAAUUUCUUGGCAGAACGAAUUAAAAUAUGAUAUACUUGCGGAAAUUUGCGAAGUUUUGGACGAAAUCAAAAUUAUUACAUCUCGUGACUUUUUAUUUUCUUUAUGUACUAGCUUAACAAAAUAUUAUUUGCGUUCUGCUGGUACAAAAGUUUAUCUUGCUAUUGUAAAAAAAUUAAGCGAAAAUGAAUGGAAAGAAGCCUUUGGACAUAUAAUGAACUACCUCUUUCACCAUUGGGAAUCAUCAGACAAUGAAAAUCAUAAUGCUCUUCAGUUACUCUACAAACAUUGGCUUGAACCAGUUGUUAAAAAAUACAGAAAUCUUUUACCUUAUUUAUGGAAUUUAAUCACAGAUAUAAGAGAACAUUUUUUACGUUCACAUCUCCAAAAAUUGGCUUGUGAAAUGCACAUUGAUCUUCCACAACAAGCAGGGAUAGAAUGUUAUAUAAAUCACAAUAAAGAAAUCAUAAGAUUGAAUGGAUUUGCCAUAAAUUGUUAUCAAAUAACUAGAUUAUACAAUGAAAAUAGAGAUCAGUUUUUUACAAUACAACAUUUUUUAUGGUACAAUGCAAAUAGUACAACAGUGUACAUGAGAGAUGGGAUUGUCAAAUAUUUUAAAAUAUUUUAUACUAACGUUCUAAAAAUGUGUGAUAAUAAUUCAAACAGUAUACAAGAUGUGUAUUAUAUUACACAUUGGUUGCAUGAAUUCUUUUUGGAUUGUUUUGAAAUUGGUUCUUGUUAUCAAAGAAAAAUUCUAGGCUUAAAUUUAUAUAAAACCAUACUUUCAUUUACCAAUGGCUUUGUCACAAAUAAGUCCAAUGUCGAAAAUGUUUUGUGCAUUUCAUUGCUGGAAAAACAUUUAAUAAUAACUGGAAACUGGAAAUUCACAAACAGAAGAAGUUUAUUUAUCUUAUUAAGACUUGUACUAGAUUCUGCACUUGAUGUCAAGCAAUUAGCUGCUUCUAUUAUUCUUAAUUAUUUCAAUAAAGAUAUUUUGUCUCAUGUAGAAAAGCAGAUAUUAUUUCACACGGCAUUGAAAAAUUGUAAUUCUUCUAAAUUCUAUGAAAUUGAAAGUGGUGCAGCUCUUAUGUCAAUUUUAGUAAAAUGGUUGCCUUUGAAUAUUUUACAAGAUCAUAUGGAUUAUAGUGAUCAGUUGAAAUAUUCGGAUUUCUUGUUUAAUGAAGCUACGAAUCAGUUAAUACAAAUGAAAGAAGAUGUACUAAAGGCAAUUGUUCAAAAUAAACCAUUUUAUGGCGCGAUGACUGCUUUAUUAAAUAUUGCUUUUCAAAAUGGUCAAGAAAGUUCUAAUAUAUCUUCAGAAUUUAUUGAAAAGAUAUUGUAUCUAUUGGAAGAUGCUACAGAUUUUUUUCUAUAUAUAUUUUCUUCAAAAUCCAAAAAUACAGAAUAUUCAUCGUCGUUCGCAGAAAUGGGAUUAGCGAUUAACGAAGCUAUUAAAAAUAGUAAGAUAGACAACAUCAAUUUCGAUGAUUUAAGUUUAACUCCUGCACAUCAGGUACUCAUCUCUUGCAUUUGGAUGUCUUUAAAGGUCUCCUGUGAAAUAGCUUGUGAAAUAGGUACAUUAAUGUAUUCCGACGAUACAGUUAAACGUUCCGCAAAUGUUAUCAUUACUGUAUUACUCAGAUGUAGACACAAAGGUGUAGUGGAAGCAGCUGGUACAGCAAUUGGAAAAUUAACGAGAUGUUUGUGCAAAGAAGCUAAGUAUUCUAAUUUGCCAAAAACACAUAUAUUGCGUAUAUUAGAAAAUAAUUCUAUGGAUUCUUUAAACAUUACCAGAAGAGGUGCUGGAUUAUCAAUUAUGUUUCAUAGAAUUGUCGUUAGCGAUAAUCGACGAGAUAGACCUCUCUUGCAUUUUGCAGUACAAAAAUUAUUAGACCUGUUGGACGAUGUUUCUGAUGAGAAUUUGAAGAGCAUAGAAUUUCAACACGAUUCUCCAUGGGCAAGACGUUUAUAUUUUCUACGGGCUUUAGUAGCUGAUAAAGAAAUAAAUGCACAGUUAACUCCAUACAUGGAAAGAAUUUCACUAACUUGUUUUAAAUAUUUGGAAUCAGAAAUAUGGACUAUCAGAAACGCAAGUCUACAAUUAUUUGGUUCGAUAGUUCCAAGAUUAAUAGGCCAAAGUUAUGGGGAUACUUUAGAUUUUGGAAAUGGUUAUUCCAUUAAUCAUUUUGUUACACAUUAUCCACUACUUGCAGACUAUGCCAUGAAAGAAUUACAUAGGUUUUCAUUUACCUUUACAAGGUUCUCUACUGCUCUAUAUUUACAUUCGAAUAUUGUUCAUAUUCUUAUACUCCUUUCGAAAUUUUCAUGUAGUGCUUGCAACUUAAUUGAUUAUUCCUCGCAAAAAUAUGUAUCAAAAGUAAAAUAUUUACUUUAUAUGCUGAUUGGAAAUCCUAUUUUCUAUGUUAGAUUCUUAGCUGCAAAAGCAUAUGCAGCAUUAACAGACUUUUUACAAAUUCAACUCGAGCUUCAGAAAUUAAAAUGCGAUAUUUCUUCGUGCCAGAGUGUUAAUUUAAUCCAUGGUUAUUUCUUAACUAUGAAAUUUCUCAAAGAAAAAUUAUCCGUUGAAAUUGAAAGUAUAAAUAUGUGUUCGGAUGUUAAGCGAUACGCUGAUCGUGGAUUAGAAAAAUCUCCAGAAUGGCUGAGAUUUCGAAAAAUAUUACGAAUUUGGAGUAAUAUGUCGAAAGGAGAAUGUAGCUCACAAAUAUGUUACAUGAUUGAAAUGCUAUUUUUACAACUAAAAGAAUUUAUUUCCGAUGAGAUAUCUAAGGAAGACAUAUUUAUUUUUAACGGAAACAGAUUUUUACUUUCUUCCGAGAAAAUAAAACCAGGAUUUUUCCAAUUUGUAGACCUUUCUACAAAGUUAUAUGCUAACUAUAUAAACCGUACUAAUAACGUUAAUAUUGAUAUUUUGCAUAAAAUUUUGUACUCCCCUUGUAUCGAUCAAAGUAUUUCUUUCUUAAAUCACGUGUCACAUAGUAUCCCAAUUUUGAAAAUUGUACUCAAACGUGUAUUGUUGAAUGAAUACGGAUGUAAUGAACUACUUUUAAAUGCAAUGAUAAAUUACAUUUUGAAAACUUUGAAGCAUUGGCCGCUAUUAGAUAUAAAUGAAUUAGAUAUUACGAAAAUAGUAGAAAUUUCGUUUAUUGAAAAAUUAGAAACUGUAAGAUAUUCUAAUUUAUGGAGUUUAAAAUGCAUAUUAAUAAUCUUUUCUCGAAACGAGGCAAUGAUAGACGAAGUACUGUCCCAUACACUCAAAUUAAGUGUUCAUGAAGAAGAACACAUGAGACGAAUCGCAGUUGAACUUAUGCAAUUCUUAGUUCAUCGAUUUGCAGAAUUAACAAGCAAAACUAAAUUAAGUAUUUUACAUUGCUGUUUAAUUCUGCUGAAAGAUGAAAUUGCAGAGAUACGCGAAAUUAUUGCGGAAAAUUUAAGGGCGCAUGUUCUACAGACAAUUAAUACUGAAUAUAAUGCUUUAGGGCAUGCUGAACUUAUAUAUCAAAGACUAUUAUCCGAAGUAAUGCUCGAAAAAUUAAAUUUUCCUACGGAUAACGAUAUGAAUCUAUUUUUCGUAAAAUUGUUCACACACAGUAUUAAGUAUUUUGAUAGCAACACGGCUAUUGAAAAUCCUUUCUACCAUGAUGAUAAUCCUUUUUAUAGAGAAGAGUCGAAGUUUCUAAAUCUUUGUUUCUAUUACAUGAAACGAAAGGAGCACAGCCAUGAUAACUACUCUACAAAAGAUAGUAUGAUAGAAUGCGAUAAUGAAAUUCAUGAAUCGAAAUAUCAACUGCAACGAGAAUGUUAUUUCGAUGAUAUGAAUUUAGAAACUAUUUUAAAUACUAAGUAUGUAAAUUAUUUAUUAAUGAAACAAAAAAUUGUAAUACAGAAUUAUAGCUAAUAAUAAUAUAUAAUGUACAAUUUUAAUGAAUAAACGAUAAGCAAUAA